UGAGCGGAUAUUAUUGAAAUUUAACACCAACAUAUAUAAUGUCAUAAAAAUGCUAUGUACCAAAAAUCAGUGCUGUAGGUCAAAAAUUAAGUUUCACCUUAUAUGGGAGGUGGGCGUAAAAUAAAAUUUUUAAAAAAAAAUUUUUCAUUUUUUUCUUGAUUGGAAUCCAAAACAAUGAUGUACCAAAUGUCAUUGUCCUGCGACAACUCCUUAUAUUUUUAGCCGCAGUAUGCACUAGCAGAAACCUAUGUGCGACGUGCCCUCUUGCAGCGGCGCUCACAUGGCCAAAACGCCUGGUGUCACUGAAGCAGCAACGAGCGCCACAAAGACUGCCGCCAGAAGGCGCAGUGGGUCAGACUCGGGUGAGUCACAUCAGGCAGAGCCUGACGGCGCUCGUAGAAGAAGAAGGAGGAGGCGCAGAAGAGGUGGGCAACGCCCCCUCCCAGAAGCUGGUUAACCCGGCGGGUGCGACGAUCCGCACAGGAUGGUGAUGAGUGGUUCCAUCAUGAAGUGGUACCUGCGGUACCUCCGAGAUGGGAAGACUCCGGAGGUAGCGGAGGCUCUAGCCAGGAACAAAGGCACGCAUCCCCGGCAAAAGGGCACGACAAAACCGGGUCAGCUCGCGCGCAAGGCAGCGGAACCAGCAACCAUGGCCCGGUCAGCACCACCCUGACCGCAAGGCGGGGCGAUGGCAGGGCACUGCCCGCGGACACGUAUGCCCAAGCCGCAAAGCGUAAGAGCGGCCAGAUUACGCCGCAGGAGCCCCCCCAGCUCCAAAAGGUUGCGGGGCAUCAAUUCAAAGGCAGCCGGAGGCCAACCAUCUGGACCGGCUCCGCGCCGGUCGGAGGAGGGACGGCAUAGAUAUGCGGACGCUGUUAAAGGCAUCCGCGAGCUUCCGCCUGUACUACAGGUUUAGCAUGGUGGUCAUGCGGCCCCACAAGCCUGCAGUCAUCGGGAGCAAAGGAGCUACAACACCUGAGAGGCUUCGAUAAACAGGCAGUGUCCGUGGCAGGCCCGGAGGUAGCAGAGAUGCAGGUGGACGAGGUGUCGGAGCAGCACUGCGGAAGCAGGACUGAGCAGGCGGUGCCAGCAGCGACCACCGACGUCCCCGAUGUCGGCCACAGCGGUCAGACAACAGAGCUAUCCUCCACGCAGGAGCUCCUCGACGGGUUAGGAGACCCAAUGGGUGGCAGUACGAUUGACGGUGGGGAAGAAGAUCUGCCCUUCCUCGAACCCAUAUUAUAAUGGCCGUCAAUACGGAAAUUGCCCAAGUGAACCUGCAUCACGCGGCUGCAGCCUCAGGCGUCAUAACAAGCAGGUUCACAGCGGAGAAACUGGGCAUGCUGCUGAUCCACAGAGGAGAGGUCAAAGGCCUCAAGAUGGAGACAAACAAAGUAUACUGGGAUCUCUCUAGCGAGAUACCUAGGACUUGUAUAGUUGUCAGGAAUAACAUUGAUUUCUUCUGUAUUUCAGAGUUCCUGACGCAGGAUUUGGUGGCGGUGCAGGCCAGGGACUUCGAAGGCAAGGAUUUCGUUCUGGCUUCAGCAUACUUCCCAGGGGAGGCAGCUACAGCACCUCCGGAGGUGGUGGAAAGGCUGAUGGAGCACUGCAGACGGCACAGGUUCCCCCUUAUCAAAGGCUGCGACGCUAACGCUCACCACUCGGAAUGGGGCAGUAUCGACUGCAACGUAAGAGAAAUAUUAAAUUCAAUGAAAGAGAAGGAGGCAGAAUAUGGCGGUCUGUUCUUAUCUUGGAUCGGUCCAUUUCCCAUAGCAGUCGUGAGCGAGCCUCAAAUAGCUAAGGACAUAUUAACUUCGCCAAAUUGUGUCAAUAAGAGUUUUGUGUAUAAGGGAGUAGAGGAUGCAACUGGACCAGGCUUGUUUACGAUAAACGAGCCUGAGUGGAGUUAUCAUAGAAAAUUAUUGAAUCCAGCUUUUGGGCAUAAAAUUUUGCUUAAUUUUAUACCAAUCUUUAAUAAAGAAGUUGAUCACUUAAUGGAAGUUUUUAAAACUAUAACAGAUGUAGAUGGAGUGGAUUUGGUACCGAUACUGCAAAAAUUUACUUUAAAAAUCGCCACCCAAACAACAAUGGGUCAAAAUUUAAAACACCAUGGCUCAGCUGUGGAUGAGUCUUUAUUGCAAUCUUUUCCAUACGUUCAAGAGACGAUUACCGAAAUGGGUACAUUGUCGUGGUUAAGCAUGAAAGCGAUGAUUUGGAUUUUAGGAGACUAUGAGCAAUAUAAAAGGUCUAAAACGGCUAUUCGCAAAUUCAUAGGCAAUCUAAUUACGGCACGCACGAAAACUUUGCCGGAUCAGUUGAAGCUUGAUGGCAAUAUUUUUAUAAAUCGAGCUAUCGAAUUACUUCAGCAAGGAAGAUUUUCACGUAAAAAUGUUGAAGAUGAAUCAAUUGUCAUAGUUUUCGGGGCGUUUGAAACGACAGCAACCACUUUAAAGCACAUUUUAAUUCUGUUGGCAAUGCACCCUCAAUGCCAGGAGCGAGCUUUUGAAGAAGUCUCUUCAUUGUGGCCUGAAAGCGGGUCUUUCGAAAUGAAUUAUUCGGACAUACAAAAACUUUCCUAUGUUAGCAUGGUGAUUGACGAAACGAUGCGAGUAAUGGCUACUGUUCCAGUAGUGGGAAGACAGCUACUUUCAGACACGAAACUAAGCAAUGGCGUCGUUCUGCCAAAGGGGAUUCAAGUUCUAAUAGAUAUAUUUAAUAUGCAACGCAGAGAAGAUAUUUGGGGAACGGAAGCUCACCUCUUUAAUCCCGAAAACUUCUUGCCAUCAAAUAUAGACAGCAAACAUUCCUAUGCAUAUAUACCCUUUACGAAAGGUAUACGAAAUUGUAUUGGGUCUAAAUAUGCACUGCUGUCGCUAAAAAUUGCCGUAUCUAAACUUGUAAGAAAUUUCAGAUUCACUACCGACUUUCAGUACAAUAAUUUACAUUUUGUCGAAAACAUAACAAUAAAACUUAAGCAGACGCCACUGAUCAGAAUUCAUAAACGACAGAUGUAAUUCGCUUACGUAAUCUAAAUAUGUACAAGUAUAGACGUGUAAUAAUAUAAUUAAUAUAUAUGUACACUAUAAAAAUAUAUACAUAAAAAUAAUAUUUGAGUUAAAAUAAAUCCUAAAUAAGUUCUGUUGA